AUGUUGAUUCAAGUGAAGAAUCGUUCCCCAGUCGAUGGUGGGUUUUCCAGGGCAGCGACGGAGAAACUAUGCCCCUGGUUUGUGUUCGGAAAGAACAGUGAUGGGAACUCGUCAGCGGGGAAAUCUACCGGUGAAAUUGGUGGGGAUCCGAAACCGCUGAGCUCCACGGAUGUCCGUGAUACCAUUCGCAUCUACAUGAAUGUGCGCGGUAGAACGCGUGACGGCAAGUUCAUCUAUGCCACGACAAUGAAAGACAAUCUUAAGCCCAAGAAGAAAGGCAACGCCUCUGAGGUGAAGGAGGAGAGUCAGACGAUCGGGAGUCAGGCGAAGAAGCGGGCGAAGAUCGAGAGCAAUCCUGGCGUCUCAAGUGUGUCGAGUGUCUCGGAGGAGGAUCCUGUUUUCACGAUCUGCCUCCGUUUACUCAACAGGGUCACCUACCCGUUCCUGAGCGAGGACGUGGCUUCCAUUCUAUCAAACAUGGUGGAGUCUCAGUAUGACCCGCUGGGGCUUGUGGAGGGCGACCUGGACUAUCGCGAUGAAGAUGAAAAACGAAACAAGAACGUUAGUUCGUAUGCAAAGUUGUCGCUUACCGCGACGCGCGACAAGUUGUUGCAGAACGCCCGUAAAGCACUAGCGUACGCGCCGGGUGACAAGGAAGAAGAGUGA